AUGGCCCAGAGGACACGGGGCCAGGGUGGCAGAGGGGGACACAGCCGGGCUGAGGUGGGAGACUUGGGACAGAGGGCAGGGGUCUGGCUGAAGCCGGUGGGGAGCCAGGACGGAGCAGAGGCCAGGGCAGCAGCGGGUGAAGGUGGGGGAGGAUUUGGAGGGGUCACUGGGGAGGGAGAAGAGCACGCAUGUGUGGAGACCGCCCAAGGGCAGGGCCGGGACGGGGCCUUUGGGAGCCAGAAGGAGGGCUGGUCGUUGGCCGGGGUCAGCGGCAGACGGGACUCCAGCUUCAUCAACAAGGCAACCAGAAGGGCCCCCAAAGCCGAGCGGGUGGAUGUCACAAAUACUUGCCAGAGGACAAAAAAACGUGAGUUAGUAGUAAAAUACAAGAGGGACACGACACAUGCACUAGAGAAGGUAGUAAAAGUUAUUUUCGAGAUAACUGAUGAGAAGGGAAAGAGCGAUCGACAGCUAUGGUUCAGAGGGGUCAGGAGGCGGAUCACAGCCUCUGAACUCUUGCAGUCAGGCAUCAUCACUGAGGAGGACCGGAGGGAGGGCGGGCCACCGUGGAGGACGCGGAAAGAGCCAGUGGUAAAGCGCUACCUGGAGGGCACCAGCUGCAUCGCGGGCAUGCUGGGGCCCGCCAAGGACGAGCCCGGGCGCCAGGAGAAGAGGAGGAUCUACCAGGCCAUGUGGAAGGGCAUCCUGAGGCCGGGCACAGCCCUGGUGCUGCUGGAGGCACAGGCGGCCACCAGCUUCGUCAUCUACCCCAUGGAGAACCGGAAGCUGACUGUGCAGGAGGUUGCUGCCGGGAUGUUCAGCAGUGAAACCUACCGGAAGCUGCUGUCAGCCAAGCGCAAUGUCACGGGCUACACCGACCCCUACACCGGGGAGCAGAUCUCCCUCUUCCAGGCCAUGAAGAAGGACCUCGUCGUCCGGGAGCACGGCAUCCGCCUGCUGGAGGCCCAGAUCGCCACGGGCGGCGUCAUCGACCCCGUGCACAGCCGCCGCCUGCCCGUGGACGUGGCCUACCGGCGCGGCUACUUCGACGAGGGGAUGAACCACGUCCUGGCGGACCCCAGCGACGACACCGAGGGCUUCUUCGACCCCAACGCGCACGAGAACCUCACCUACGUGCAGCUGCUCCAGAGGGCUACUCCGGACCCAGAAACAGGCCUCUUGUUGCUUCUCUGUCUGGAAAAAGAGCCAUCAGCAGAAAGCGGAGAGAAGGCCGUCCCGGAAUGGGGGAAGACCAUCGCGGUGAUCCCCGGGCCGAGCGGGCUGCGCCCGGCCUGCUCCACGCUGGGUUCACCCCAAGGCGGACGCCCAGGGCCUGGGCCGGGUUUCAGGAUGUGUGUGGCAGGGAACCGGGGCAGGAAGUACCAGCGGCUCCCAGGGCUGCGCAGGGCCGGUCGGCGCAGGCCUCCGCGCGCCCGGGGAGGCCCCGAUGGACCCGGCUCCGGGCCGCCAUGGAAACCCCUGCGGCCGGGCCGCUCGCCUCAAGCUGGUGCCAGGGCAGCCGAGAACAGCUAG